ACGUGACGUGGACAUGGACGUGGACGUGGACGUGGACGUGGACGUGGACGUAGACGUGGACGUGGACAUGGACGUGGACGUGGACGUGGACGUCGACGUGGACGUGGACGUGGACGUGGACGUGGACGUGGACAUGGACGUGGACGUGGACGUGGACAUGGACGUGGACGUAAACGUGGACAUGGACGUGGACGUGGACAUGGACGUGGACGUGGACGGUGACGUGGACGUGGACAUGGACGUGGACAUGGACGUGGACGUGGACGUGGACGUGGACGUGGACGUGUCGUGGACGUGGACGUGGACGUGGACAUGGACGUGGACGUGGACGUCGACGUGGACAUGGACGUGGACUGGACAUGGACGUGGACGUGGACAUGGACGUGGACGUGGACGUGGACAUGGUUGUGGACAUGGACGUGGACGUGGACGUGGACAUGGACGUGGACAUGGACGUGGACGUGGACGUGGACGUGGACGUGGACGUGGACAUGGACGUGGACGUGGACGUGGACGUGGACGUGACGUGGACAUGGACGUGGACGUGGACGUGGACGUGGACGUGGUCGUGGACGUGGACGUGGACGUGGACGUGGACGGGACGUGGACGUGGACGUGGACGUGGACGUGGACGUGGACGUGGACGUGGACAUGGACAUGGACGUGGACGUGGACGUGGACUGGACGUGAACUGGACGUGGACGUGGACGUGGACGUGGACGUGGACGUGGACGUGGACGUGGACGUGGACGUGGACAUGGACGUGGACAUGGACGUGGACGUGGACGUGGACAUGGACGUGGACGUGGACGUGGACGUGGACGUGGACGUGAACAUGGACGUGGACGUGGACAUGGACAUGGACGUGGAUGGACGUGGACAUGGACGUGGACGUGGACGUGGACAUGGACGUGGACGUGGACGUGGACGUGGACGUGGACCUGGACGUGGACAUGGACAUGGACGUGGACGUGGACGUGGACGUGGACGUGGACGUGGACGUGGACGUGGACGUGGACAUGGACGUGGACGUGGACAUGGACGUGGACGUGGACAUGGACGUGGACGUGGACGUGGACGUGGACGUGGACGUGGACGUGGACGUGGACGUGGACGUGGACGUGGACGUGGACGUGGACGUGGACGUGGACGUGGACAUGGACGUGGACGUGGACGUGGACAUGGACGUGGACAUGGACGUGGACGUGGACGUGGACGUGGACGUGGACGUGGACGUGGACAUGGACGUGGACAUGGACGUGGACGUGGACGUGGACGUGGACGUGGACGUGGACGUGGACGUGGACAUGGACGUGGACGUGGACGUGGACGUGGACGUGGACGUGGACGUGGACGUGGACAUGGACGUGGACGUGGACGUGGACGUGGACGUGGACGUGGACAUGGACGUGGACGUGGACGUGGACGUGGACGUGGACGUGGACGUGGACAUGGACGUGGACGUGGACAUGGACGUGGACGUGGACGUGGACAUGGACGUGGACGUGGACCUGGACGUGGACGUGGACAUGGACGUGGACAUGGACGUGGACGUGGACGUGGACGUGGACAUGGACGUGGACGUGGACGUGGACGUGGACGUGGACAUGGACGUGGACGUGGACGUGGACGUGGACAUGGACUGGACAUGGACGUGGACGUGGACGUGGACGUGGACAUGGACGUGGACAUGGACAUGGACAUGGACGUGGACGUGGACGUGGACGUGGACGUGGACUUGGACGUGGACAUGGACGUGGACGUGGACGUGGACAUGGACGUGGACAUGGACGUGGACGUGGACGUGGACAUGGACGUGGACGUGGACGUGGACGUGGACGUGGACGUGGACAUGGACGUGGACGUGGACGUGGACGUGGACAUGGACGUGGACGUGGACGUGGACGUGGACGUGGACGUGGACAUGGACGUGGACGUGGACGUGGACAUGGACGUGGACAUGGACAUGGACGUGGACGUGGACGUGGACGUGGACGUGGACAUGGACAUGGACGUGGACGUGGACGUGGACGUGGACGUGGACGUGGACGUGGACGUGGACGUGGACGUGGACGUGGACAUGGACGUGGACGUGGACGUGGACGUGGACGUGGACGUGGAAAUGGACGUGGACGUGGACAUGGACGUGGACGUGGACGUGGACGUGGACAUGGACGUGGAAGUGGACCUGGACGUGGACGUGGACAUGGACGUGGACAUGGUCGUGGACGUGGACGUGGACGUGGACGUGGACGUGGACGUGGACAUGGACGUGGACGUGGACGUGGACGUGGACGUGGACAUGGACGUGGACGUGGACGUGGAAGUGGACGUGGACGUGGACGUGGUCGUGGACAUGGACGUGGACGUGGACGUGGACGUGGACGUGGACGUGGACGUGGUCGUGGACGUGGACGUGGACGUGGACGUAGACGUGGACGUGGACGUGGACGUGGACGUGGACAUGGACAUGGACAUGGAAGUGGACGUGGACGUGGACGUGGACAUGGACAUGGACGUGGACGUGGACGUGGACGUGGACGUGGACGUGGACAUGGACGUGGACGUGGACGUGGACGUGGACAUGGACGUGGACGUGGAUGUGGACAUGGACGUGGACCUGGACGUGGACGUGGACGUGGACAUGGACGUGGACGUGGACGUGGACGUGGACAUGGACGUGGACGUGGACGUGGACAUGGACGUGGACGUGGACGUGGACGUGGACGUGGACGUGGACGUGGACGUGGACGUGGACGUGGACGUGGACGUGGACGUGGACGUGGACGUGGACAUGGACGUGGACGUGGACGUGGACAUGGACGUGGACAUGGACGUGGACGUGGACGUGGACGUGGACGUGGACGUGGACGUGGACAUGGACGUGGACAUGGACGUGGACGUGGACGUGGACGUGGACGUGGACGUGGACGUGGACGUGGACGUGGACGUGGACGUUGGACGUGGAAGGGGACGUGGACACGUGGACGUGGACAUGGACGUGGACAUGGACAUGGACGUGGACGUGGACGUGGACGUGGACGUGGUCGUGGACGUGGACGUGGACGUGGACAUGGACGUGGACGUGGACGUGGACGUGGACAUGGACGUGGACGUGGACGUGGACGUGGACGUGGACCUGGACAUGGACAUGGAUAUGGACGUGGACGUGGACUAG